AUGGUGGUCCUUGCCAAGGGCGAGCUGGAGCAGAUAGCGCUGCCGGCGGCGCAGCCGCCGCUGGCCCACGUGCGGGCGGUCGACCUGUCCGCCGCGCCGGGGCCCGGGCGCGCGGCCGCGGCGCGCGCGCUGGUGACCGCGUGCGAGGAGCAGGGCUUCUGCAAGGUGACCGGCCACGGGGUGCCGCCGGAGCUCGUGCGCGCCGUGGAGGCGGCCGCGGCGGAGUUCUUCGCGCUGCCGCAGGCCGACAAGGAGGCCGCCGCGGGGCGGCCGCUCGGGUACGGCAGCAAGCGCAUCGGCGUCUCCGGCGACCUCGGGUGGAUCGAGUACCUCAUGCUGGGCGUCACCCCCGCCGGCGCGCUGCCCGCCGCCUCCUUCGCGUCCUGGACAUUGCCGUGCGCUGCCGACGCCGUCGCGGCGUCGCUGUCCGAGCCCCCCUGCCCCUUACGGGAUCUUCUGGAGGAGUACGCGGCGGCGGUGCGGCGGAUGGCGUGCGGCGUGCUGGAGCUGAUGGCGGAGGGGCUGGGGGUCGCGCCGGCGGACGCGCUGUCGCGGCUGGUGUCGGACGCGGAGAGCGACAGCAUGCUCCGGGUGAACCACUACCCGCCGCGGCCGGAGCUGCAGGGCCGCCUCCUGACGGGGUUCGGCGAGCACACGGACCCGCAGAUCAUCUCCUUGCUCCGCUCCAACGGCACCUCCGGGCUGGAGAUCUGCGCGCGCGACGGCUCCUGGGCCGCCGUCCCGCCCGACCCCGACGCCUUCUUCGUCAACGUCGCCGACGCCCUGCAGGUGUUGACGAACGGGAGGUUCAGGAGCGUGAGGCACAGGGUGGUGGUGAGCAGCGAGAGGCCGAGGGUGUCCAUGAUCUUCUUCGGCGGCCCGCCGAUGGGCGAGAGGCUGGCGCCGCUGCGACAGCUGCUAGGGGACGGCGGCCGGAGCCGGUACCGGGACUUCACCUGGAAGGAGUACAAGAGCAGCACCCACAAGGGCAGGCUCGCGGCCGACCGCCUCUGCAGCUUCGAGAACUAG